AUGGCUUCACAUUGGUCAUUAUCUAUGGUAACUGGUGGUAUACCUUUGGAAUUACCUUAUUCAUGCAUAACUUCAUCUAUAUUCUCACAAGAUGGUAAAUAUUUAAUAUGUACUUUAACUUAUCAAUUAAGAAUAUAUUUCAUUUCAACUAGACAAUGUAUUAAAACUAUAGAUAUAGAUUUGACAAAUUUGUCAGAUAUAAAAUUAGAUCCAAUGAAUGAAAAUCAAAUCAUACUAUUUAAAAAUAAUGGUGAAUUUUUAAUGAUAAAUUUUAAAGAUAAAUUAAUAGAUCCAAUAGUGAGUCAAAAAUCUUUAAAUAUAGAAUUACCUUUAUUAUCAGUAGUAUCUGCCAAACAUAUGAGUUUUAUAGUAAUAUCUGGGAAAUUUAAUAAGAAAAAAAACCACGCACAUACAAGAUAUAUCCAAAUAUUUGAUAGAGAUUCAGAGACGUUAACAACCAUACAUGAAAUUCAUAACGUCAUAAAUUAUUCCCAAUCUUCAAAUAAUCAAAAAUUAGCAUUUGUAACAUCAACUAAUGAAGUUCAUUUAAUAGACAUAUCAAAAGAAGAAGAAAUAAGUAAAGAAGUCUUAACAUUCCCAUAUAAAUCACCAAUAAUAUCCAUUGUAAUCUCAAAUAAUUCAAUAAUUGCCCUUGGUUGUCAAUCAGGUACUAUUCAGAUAUUAUAUGGUGGUUUAGAAACUGAAAAACCACAAAGAUUAUUGAAAUGGCAUAUUGAUCAAGUUAAAUCAUUAAGUUUUUCACCUGAUAAUUUAUAUUUAUUAUCAGGAGGUUUAGAAAAAGUAUUGGUAUUUUGGCAAUUGGAAACUGGAAAGAAAUCUUUUCUUCCGAGAUUAAAUGGGAUAAUUGAUAAAAUAUCAAUUGAUGAUUCUAAAAACGAGUAUAUUUCAUUAUUAUUAAGAGUUGAUCAAGUGAUUGAUAACUUUGAAAUACUAGUUAUUUCUCAAGUCGAUUUAGUUUCAAGAUUAAGUGUUAGUUCAAUAAGACCAAAAUUUUCAAAUAAUAUAACUACAACCAUAAAUAAAACUAAAAAGAAAUAUUUUAAAUUAAUAGAUACUUUUGAUAAACAAUUAAUGAGAUAUGAUUAUUCAUGUGAGUUUGAAAUUCAUCCUAAAUCUAAGAACCUUUAUUUCCCCAACCAGUCAACAAUUCAAAGUUUUGAUUUAAUUAAAAAUGAACAAAAUUUUAUUCAACAUGCUGCUCCAAUUUUAAGUACAGGUAAAGUUAGAAGUGAAACUAAAUUAAUUGAUCCAAAUGUUACUAUUUUAAGUUUUUCAAAUGAUGGUGAUUGGAUGUGUACAUUUGAUGAAAUAUUAACAAGUGAAGUUGAUAAUUUAUUAAGUAAAAAUGAUAAACAAUAUGCAUUAAAAUUUUGGAAAUUUAACAAUAAUACGUGGGAAUUAACUACAAAGAUAAUUGAUCCUCAUGGUGCUGGAUUACCUAUAAAAAGUAUAAUAGCAGCACCAAAUUCAUAUUUCAAUGGUGUUGCAUUUUUAACUUGUGAUUCCAAAACUGGUUUAAGAAUAUGGAGACCAUCAACACCAAAAGAACAAUAUAAGACAACAACAGGGAAUAAAAAUCAACAAGUUGCUUGGUCAUUAAGGAAAAAUAAACAAUCUGGUGGAUUAGCAAGUGAUGCUAUAAGUUUGGCAUGGUCAGAUGAUUCAAGUUUAAUUUUCAUAUCUCAUGAAUAUAAUAUUUCGAUUUUAAAUAGUAAAACAAUGACAGAAGUUGAGGGAUUUAAAAUCCCAACAUUUUCAGAAUCAAAAAUUAGAUCAAUUAAUUUAUUAGGUCAUGAUUUGAUAAUAUUGAGUAAAACUAGAAUUUCAUCUUUUAACUUAUUAACUGGACAAUUGAAUGAUUUGGUUGCUAAAGUAAAUACAACAUCAGGAGGUAAGAAUAUAAUUGCAAUUGAUCCAAUUAAAAAAUUGAUAUGUCUUGGAGUAAAUUAUUAUAAUACAGAUAAUGAAGAAUUUAAAAUAAAUUCAAAAUUUUUCAUAUUCAAACCAAAUAGUUUAAAACCUGUUAAAAUUAUAAAUCAUAAUACUGGAAUAUCAUCAAUUAGAUAUUUUAAUUCAUCAUUUAUAUUUAUAGAUUUAAAUUGCAGAGUGGGUACAAUAACAUCAAAUGAUUUAGAAUUACAAGAAAAUAUAGAAUUUAAUUUAUCAAAUGAAAUUUCAUCAAUGUUAAUAUCAGCACAAGCAACUGUUGAUAUAAUGAAUAAUAGACAAGUUAAAACAAAUACAAAUCAAAAAAAUGGAUCAAUUGAAGAUAAUGAUGACAAUGCAAUACUGAAAAUCGUUGAUUUACAUACAUUUCAACCAAUUUUUCAAAAUUUGGAUGGUGUCCAAAUUGAUACAUUAUUUGAUCGUAUAGUUGAAGCAUUAAAAUAA